AUGGAUCAUGACCACGCAGGUGAUUCCCAGCAGAAUCCUCCUGCCGGGUCCGGGAGCCCCUACCAAGAAGGCCAGAACUCGGCCGACAAGGGCGGUGGUGCGGACGGCCUUCAUACCACCUCGGGAGCCGAACUUGGCAUCAUCAUUGGCGUAGUCGCAGUCGUCAUCAUCUUGAUUGCUGGGUUGUUCGCUUGGCGCGUGCGCAAGAACAAGAAGGAGAAGAUGAAGCAGCAGUGUGCCAAGGACCUUGAGACUGUCACAGAUGCCAACGGCGACCCUUUCGCAGACUCCAACCGUCAAGCUCAGGCUCAGGCUCCUCUGGCGCAGCUUGACGACAAGCGUGGUGCUGAUUCUCAUGACACCAGACGCGCCACAUCCCCGGAUCACCCCGGCGACCAGCAACGGCCUGGAGAUUGGCUUGGUAGACACCAUCGGUCCCACCCAGGAGGUGUUGAGGAAUACGAGAUAACAAGUCGUGUCUGA